AGAAGAUGAUGAAUGAUGGUGGUGGAUAAUGAUGAUAAUAAUUUGGUGAUGAUGAUGAUGAUGACGAAUUGACGAUGAUGGUGAAUGAUGAUGAUGAUGACGAUGAUGAUGAUGAUAGAAGAUGAUAAAUGAUGGUGGUGGUGGAUAAUGAUGAUACUAAUUUGGUGAUGAUGAUGGAUAAUGAUAAUAAUUUCAUGAUAAUAAUAAUUUGGUGAUGUGAUAAUAAUGAUGAUGAUGAUGGUGGAAAAUGAUAUUGGUGGAUAAUGAUGACUUGAUGAUGAACAAAUUCUAUUUCUCCCUUAGAUCAUGCCCCGUGCUCCUAAAUGGAAACAGGACGACGUAGCUGCGGCGUUACGUAGAGUACGGUUCAGUGAGCUUUCGAUAAGAAAGGCUUCACAGGAAUAUAGAAUUCCCUACGAAACCCUGCGUGACAAAGUAUCAGGGAGAGCUCCGACAUCGGUUUCGAGAUUCGGUCCACGACCAUUCCUCACAGAGAAGGAGGAGGAGGAGAUAGUACGAUGGACGAUCAAGAUGGGGAGAAUCGGUUUUGGACAAACCAGGGGAGACAUUCAGUCCGUCGUGAAGAAAAUGCUUGACAAAGAUGGCAGGGCAAACCCCUUUGUAGAAAACAAGCCUGGGAAGCGUUGGUGGAGCAGUUUCCGUGCAAGGCACCCUCAAUUAGUUUUCCGGAAGCCACAACCAAUUGGAAAAGAGCGUACAGCAGUUACAAAGAAUCGAAUAGACAAAUGGUUCAAAGAAUUGGAAGAAUUCUUAGGAGAAAACAAUGCAAGAAGCAUUCUCGAUGAGCCAAAUCGACUCUUCAAUGCCGACGAAUCAGGAUUCCCGCUUGGUGGGAGAGCAUCUGAUCGGGUAUUGUCAUUAAAAGGCGAGAAAGUCAUCCAACAAUUUAAGAAUGCUGAAAAGGGACAGGUAACUGUGCUUGUCACUGCAUGCGCGAGUGGUAGCUUUUUGCCACCAAUGAUUGUUUUACCGGGGCGACACGGUGACGGUUCUGCAUACCAAGGAGCGCCAAGGGGUGCUUUCUUUGCUAGGACCAAAAACGGCUGGAUGGAUAGCAAAGCCUUUUAUGGUUUCAUUGCUAAUCUUUUCCAGCCGUAUUUGGUCCAGAUGAAAGUACCCCUUCCAGUGCUCCUGCUCGUCGAUGGCCUUUCGGCACAUCAAACGCUGGAGGUAGCGAAGCAUUGUGAGGCGAAUCGGAUUCUUUUGUACCGAUUCCCUCUCAAUGCUACGCACAUCCUCCAGCCGUGCGAUGUGUCUGUGUUCAGAUCAUUAAAGGCAUCGUGGAAUCGAGCGGAGGAGCAGUUCCGUUACCAAAACCCCGGUGAUUAUGUCACAAGAGUGACGUUUUCGCGCGUGUUCGCCGGCGCGUGGAAGGAGCUUCUGGGGAAGCCAGAAAUUGCAUCUUCUGGUUUUCGGGCAGCAGGGAUCUACCCGUUUACGAAAUUGUUUCGUGAAGAGCUACUACGUCCAGCAGACUUGUACAGUUUCAUAGAUAAGAAUCCUCAAGAAGGAGAGACACCAUCAUCUAGGAAUAGUGCUUUUAUUCCGGUAGACGAUGACAUGAGGUCAUCUCAACCCGAUGAACCUGAUGAUGAUGCACCAUCUUCGUCAUCAGCUCAUCGGGAACAUGGAGUCAGCUGCAUCGUGGAUACUUCCGAGUAUCCAUGGUGAUGCUCCAUGUGGAGACAGGCCUCUAAACGAGGCAUUCAUCUCGCCGUCGCUAGAUGAAUGCCUCGUUUAUCCCGAGAUUGAAGUCUCAAAUCAAAGGAGAAGGAAAAGGCAACUGCCUGAGGCAAUAAGUGGAGAGGCGUUUAUAAGAUUCGCCGAGGAACGAGCGAGAGAGAAAAGAGCGGAGGAGGAGAGGAAAAAACAGAGAAGAGAGGAACGGGAACAGAAUAGAGUGGAAAAAGAGAGAAGGAAGGAAGUUGAAAAGGAGAAGAGGCGAAAACGACAACAAGAACUUGAGCAGAGGAAACUAGAACGGGAGAGGAGAGUAAGAGAGAAGUUACAGCGGAUGAAAGAAGUGAUUGAGAGGAAAGCGAGAGAG